AUGUCGAAGAUGAAGCAUCUUCUACGGAAGCUCCACAUCGGUGGAAGCAGCGGCGGAUUCGGAGACCAUCACAGGUUAGACGAGACGACUAGACCGAUGAUCGAUCCUAGCCCUAUUCCCAGUUCUAGCCCUAGCCCUGCUUCCACUUCCUCGGUCUCUUCGUCCGGCUUUGGUACCGCCUCCGCGACAAUGCCGAGACUUGAAACAUUUGAGCCGGCAGGUCGUGAUCUGGCGGCUGUCGAUGGUGUUGAUUUCAAUUUGAUGGAGGAGGAGUAUCAAGUCCAGUUAGCUAUGGCGAUCAGCGUCUCUGAUCCUGAUCCGAGAGAGAAUGCAGAUACAGCUCAGCUUGAUGCAGCUAAGCGGAUUAGCCUUGGGGUUUCUUCUCCGGUCACCGAUGCAGAUUCCGCCGUUGACUUCCUGUCGCUCCGCUAUUGGGGACAUAAGGUCAUUAACUAUGACCAGAAAGUCAGAGAUGGUUUCUACGAUGUGUAUGGGAUUUCAUCCAAUUCUCUAUCACAAGGGAAGAUGCCACUUCUCGUGGAUCUUCAAGCGAUCUCUAUUUCAGACAAUGUUGAUUAUGAGGUCAUUUUGGUGAACCGAUUGAUUGAUCCUGAACUGCAAGAGCUAGAGAGGAGAGCAUCCGCUUUGUCUUUGGAAUGUCCAGACUUCGCUCAUGGUCAGGUGUCACGCGAAUUAACUCAGAAAAUUGCAAAUAUAGUUGUAGAGCAAAUGGGUGGCCCCGUUGAAAAUGCUGAUGAAGCGUUGAGAAGGUGGAUGCUUCGAAGCUAUGAACUAAGGAAUUCUUUGAACACUACUAUUCUUCCUCUUGGACGCGUUAAUGUUGGUCUUGCACGUCACAGGGCUUUGCUUUUCAAGGUACUUGCUGAUAGGAUUAGUCUCCCAUGUAUGCUGGUAAAAGGCAGCUACUACACCGGAACUGAUGAUGGCGCUGUGAACUUGAUUAAACUAGAUGACAAAAGUGAAUACAUUAUUGAUUUAAUGGGUGCUCCGGGUGCCCUGAUCCCUGCCGAGGUUCCAAGCAGUUUUCUUCCAGUUUCUUGCACAGAUACAAGAGUGUUUCCUGAUGAUUUGGACAUAUUGCAACCUUCAUGCCCUGUACUUGAGGAGGAAACUGAAACGCCAGCAUUAUCAGUUUUGGGGGAAACAGAUUCCAGACCUGGUAUGGUGGCAAACUUCUUCACUGGAAACCAUGAAGAAAACAGGGACAGAUAUGCUGUUGAAAAACAUCAAACGGAGAGGUUUGAGCAUGAUUUUGGAAAGCUAAUGCAAUCACAGCAGAUAUCUGGUGAAAACUUGCCGCCAUUUUCUGGGAAACCGACAUGUGCACAGAAAGUUAAAGUUAAGAAUGUCUCAAAGUAUGUCAUAAGCGCAGCAAAGAACCCUGAAUUUGCUCAGAAAUUACAUGCCGUCUUGUUAGAAAGUGGUGCAUCACCUCCCCCAGAUUUGUUUAUGGAUGUCAACCCACAGAAUUUGGGGGAGAAGAAUAUGCUUCAAGACUUUCGCCAAGAAAGUAGCAAUUCUUCGAAUUCGGGUGUUGCAUGCCAUCCAGAAAAGGUCGCAGAUCCACUAGCUGAUCAGCUGAGAGAAUCUGAAAGGAACCCCACAGCAUUGCAACUGUCAGAUCUUUGUUCCUCAGCUGAGACUUACCAACAACCAGUGGAGGUCGAUUUGUCAAUGAAGAGAAACUUUGAUGUGGAUAAUUUCGGUAAAGCCUCUACAUCGGAAAAGAUGGAGAUCGGCACUGCUGAUGGGGAGCUUCCUGCUUGUGAUAGUCAUGACCAAGGAAUUAAUCCAUUUCUUGGCGAGGCUGCAAAAUGGGAAAUUAUGUGGGACGAUCUUCAGAUUGGCGAGCGGAUUGGUAUUGGUUCAUAUGGAGAAGUUUACCGUGCAGAGUGGAAUGGAACUGAAGUGGCUGUUAAGAAGUUUCUGGACCAAGAUUUCUCCGGCGAUGCAUUGACACAGUUCAGAUCCGAAAUUGAAAUAAUGUUGAGGUUGCGGCAUCCAAACGUUGUUCUUUUCAUGGGAGCAGUUACUCGGCAGCCAAAUUUCUCUAUUCUGACAGAGUUCCUACCCAGGGGGAGUUUGUAUAGAUUACUCCAUCGACCAAAUCAUCAGCUUGAUGAGAAGAGACGAAUGCGGAUGGCACUUGAUGUGGCGAAGGGGAUGAAUUACUUGCACACUAGCCACCCGACCGUUGUACAUAGGGAUUUAAAAUCUCCAAACCUUCUUGUUGAUAAAAAUUGGGUUGUGAAGGUUUGUGAUUUCGGAUUGUCCCGCAUGAAACACCACACUUAUUUGUCCUCAAAAUCAACAGCAGGAACGCCUGAGUGGAUGGCUCCAGAAGUGUUGAGGAAUGAACCAGCUAAUGAGAAAUGUGACGUGUACAGCUUUGGUGUCAUAUUGUGGGAACUUGCCACUUCAUGCGUCCCCUGGAAAGGUUUAAACCCGAUGCAAGUUGUUGGAGCUGUGGGUUUCCAGAAUCGCCGCCUUGAAAUCCCAGAUGAUAUUGAUCCAAAUGUCGCACAGAUAAUCCGUGAAUGUUGGCAAACGGAACCGCAUUUACGGCCAUCGUUUACACAGCUGAUGAGAAGUCUAAAGAGGCUUCAGGGGCUAAACAUAAGCAACAGAUCGAACACGAGUGAAAGUUUGAUGUAA